AGUGCUCUGCUGCUUCAACAAAUUCGUGGCCGCGGGAAGCCGUACUGCCACCGCAUAGAUGGCGAUUGCGUCCUCGUCGGCAGUACCGCCUGUUCACCUGUGUUAUUAUUUUCUAGUGCGACAAACAGUGCCCGGUAUUUUAAGGAAAACUGCACGUCGGGAAAAUUAAUAUGCAUCGACAGAUGGGUUCUAUAGCAACCAUGGAUUGUUAAUGUUUGCUGGUGAUGAAGAGCAGAUAUGGCAAUAAAUUUCUCGGCAUCAUUUGCUGCUUACUUAGCAGCAGGACUGAAGGUUCCCAGACAGUUUAUGUACUGUAUUGCUCAAGAUACUGGAGCAUUGUAUGUCCCAUAUAAAGAUGGUACUGACAGGCAACAAGCCCAAGCUGGACAGUGGGCUACAGGUCCACUGCAAGAUGGAACUGGUGGCUACCAUCCACAGCAACAAGGUGGUUCAUCAGCUUCAGGAAGUCCUCAGCAGUCGUGUGGGGAUCCUGAGACUGUGGCACCUCCACCACCACCAACACAGCCCCCACAACAACAGCAACAAGGCACAAUGACAUCGCCUGUCCCCUCCCCGUAUCCACCACCACAGGAUGCUACAGCACCACCACAACAGACACCUGUAGAGGAUGAUCCUCAGCAACAUUCCCCAACACAGCAGCAGCAAGGGACACCACAGCAGCAGCAGACACAGCCUCAGCCACAGCAACCCCCAGCAUCACAGCAGCCAGCUCCUCCACAACAGCAGCAGCAGCAUCAAGCUGAUGUUGAACAGCAGCAGCAACAACAACAACAGCAGCAACAGAGAGUUGUUACAGCAGCACAGUGUUUCCCACAAGAGUUACAGCAACAGCAGCAGCAACAACAACAGCAGCAGCAGCACCAAGUUGAUGUUGAGCAACAGCAGAGGGUGGCUGCUGCAGUAGCAGCUGCUCAAUGUUUUCCUCCAGCAGAUAUGCAACAGCAGCAUCAACAACAGCAGCAGCAGCAACAGCAACAUCUGGCAUAUGCGACACAACAUUACUUCAAGGAUCAGCGUCACACACCAGGAAUGCCACCACAUGUGCUCACGCCGAGUGGCUUUACUGCCCUUCAUUACUUGAAGCAACCGGGAGUGAUGUUAACUUCACUUGGUACAAUGGGCAUGGGAGAUGGAAGUGGUGUAGGUCUGGGGACGAGCAUCACUGACGGGACAGGUGUGGGUGUCGGUGCAGUUGCAUACCCGAAUGUUCAGGUAGAUGUGCGCUCACUGCCUGAUAUCAUCCAGCAGCAACAGCAAGCCCAGCAUCAAGCACAACAACAACAGGCUCAAGGUCCGGGAACAGGAAAACCGGGGCGGGGAGGCAACGGUUCGGGCUCAGAGCUCAGGCUUUUCAAGUGUCUUACGUGUGGCAAGGACUUCAAGCAGAAAUCAACACUGUUGCAGCACGAACGUAUCCAUACUGACAGCCGCCCUUACGGUUGCCCCGAAUGUGGAAAGCGGUUCCGACAACAGUCCCAUCUGACACAGCACCUACGCAUCCACGCCAAUGAGAAGCCUUACGCCUGCGCAUACUGCGAGCGCUCCUUCCGGCAACGUGCCAUCCUCAACCAGCACCUGCGCAUCCAUUCGGGUGAGAAGCCUUACCGGUGCCCGCAGUGCGGCAAGCACUUCCGCCAGAAGGCCAUCCUCAACCAGCACGUCCGCACACACCAAGAUGUGAGUCCUCAUUUGGUGUUCAAGAAUGGUAUGACGCCUACCCUGUGGCCUCAAGAUGUGCCAUACCCACCUGAUGCUGAGAAGGAUGAUGCAGCUUCUACAUUUGGGAAUCCUGAAGACGGCAGUGUGCCACCGGACCAGGCUCGUAGCAAUGGGCAGUGUUUUUCUCCUGACAGUGCUGGCAAUGUGCAACAAUAUCAAGCAUAUUUCAAGGAUGCCAAGGGUAUGAACCAUUCAGUGUUUGGAAAUGGGGGUCCUGCAAACUUUGGGGCGCUUCAGUACUUAAAACAGGGUCAGGUAAAGCCUGGUGGACUGCUGCCCGAUGUAAUACAGCACGGGAGAAGUGCAGGGAUGCCCCUUUAUGUGCGCUGUCCUAUUUGCCAAAAGGAGUUCAAGCAGAAAUCGACAUUGCUGCAACACGGUUGCAUCCAUAUAGAGUCCAGGCCAUAUCCGUGCCCAGAGUGUGGUAAGCGGUUUCGACAACAAUCUCACCUCACACAACAUCUUCGAAUACAUACAAAUGAGAAGCCUUACGGCUGUGUAUACUGUGGUCGAAAUUUCAGGCAGCGGACGAUCCUCAAUCAGCAUAUUCGUAUUCACACAGGUGAGAAACCAUAUAAAUGUGGACAAUGUGGAAAAGACUUCCGCCAGAAGGCCAUUCUCGAUCAGCACACUCGUACACAUCAAGGUGAUAGGCCGUUCUGCUGUCCGAUGCCUAACUGCAGGCGGCGCUUUGCGACGGAGCCAGAAGUGAAGAAGCACAUAGACAACCACAUGAAUCCACAUGCUGCAAAAUCUAGACGUGCUAACACGGCGGGUGUUGGUGUUCUGGAAGCAAAACAUCAUCCCGGAGCCACAGUACUGGGAGGUGAAAGGGGUCCUCCAACUCUGCUGACACGGGGCAUUCCACCCACAGCUGUAGUGAAGCCCGAACUGUAUUUCCCACAGUGUUACGCACCUACAUUCAAUCAUCAGCCACCACCGCCCCCUCCUCCGCCUCCACCUAAUGCCCAGUUUGCCACACCACAGGGUGCCAGUGGUAGCAUAAGUGGUGGGAGCAUUAAUGGUGCUACAAUCAAUGGUAACACUAUUAAUGGAAACAGUAUUAAUGGUACUACGAUCAAUGCAAAUGCCAUCAAUGGUAAUACCAUUGGGGCUGCUAGUAAUCUCAGCAAUCUCAGUGGGAGCAAUCUCAGUGGAGGCAGCAUCACUGCCGGUAGUCUAAAUGGCGGUGGCAUUAAUGGUGCCAGUAGCAGCAACAAUAGCACAAAUAAUAAUCAGAGUCCUGUGAUGAAUUCACCUGCCCCUGAGUACAAGUCUGUGCCCCCACAAACAUCCAGUCUGCCGGCCCAGUGACUAGCGGCUGCCCUUCUCUAGCCAUCGGGACCCGGCACGCUGCCACAUUUUGCUGGUAGUGCUGCCGGACCCAUCAAGCAUGAGCCUUGUUGGGAGAUGUCCCCCUGUGCUGAGAAUGGGCAGGGAUACUAUGAAGUUAUACACUCUGUAUGAACUGCUCAGUGAACAUUUCACUGUAAAAACUGUUUGACUGAACUUUGGUUGUGAUACAACCAAUAAAAUGUGUUUGGGAGUCAAUUAGUCCCACUGUACAAAAAAUGACAGCUUGAUUGACAUCGUUAUAAAUGCCGGUUACUGACCAGUCCUAGACUGAUGAUAUAGUAUGUGAUAGAUAUUAUUUGAAAA